UGUAGGAAUCCAACCGGUCAUUUAACCUCCCUGGCGGUAUUCCCGAGUGUAGCUCGGGGUAAAGUUUCAGUACCAGAAGUGGUAACCCCGAGCUACACUCAGGCUUACCAUGCGGCGCUGCAUAGGGAUCCCUUCUUCACUUACCUUGUCCUGCGCUCCCGCGAUGUCCCCCCUGCAGUGUCCCCGGCAAUGUCCUCCGGCCGAUACCGGCAUCUGUCUUCCGGGUUCCGUUCCCUGCGAUGUCGGGACGUACGGGGGACGGAACUGGCGGGAAAUUUAAAAAUGUCAAAAAGU